CUUGAAGCAUAGAUUAUAUCUGAACAGUUUGUUGCUGCCAAACCUUAAAUCAUCGGCAAGAGUACUUGUUGAGAUUUCUGUGCGCACACAUGUCGAGGCCCAGCGGCACCUGCCCUGUCAGCUCAGCCGCCGUGGUGAAUUGGUGACGAUCCCUUGAAGCAAGCGGCCACCGCCUGCGACCUGCCUAUAUAUCCACGACCGCCGCUCUCCCUUGGCUUCCGCAGUUACACCACCACCACCAUUGCCGUCACGGCACCAUGAAGCCGUGCUGUCCAGCCGCCGCGUGGCUGGUUUGUGUUCUGGCCCUGCUGGCAUGCCGCCGCCAUGAGCGGGCGGCGGCGGCCGUGCCGACGCUGUCGACGGCGUCGCGGUGGGUGGUGGACGAGGGCGGGAGCCGGGUGAAGCUGGCGUGCGUGAACUGGCCGUCGCACCUGGAGCCGAUGCUGGCGGAGGGCCUGAGCAAGCGGCCCGUGGGCGCCAUCGCGGCGGCCGUGGCCGCCAUGGGCUUCAACUGCGUCAGGCUCACGUGGCCAACGUUCCUGGCCACCGACGCCUCCUACGGCGAGCUCACCGUCGCGCAGUCCUUCCAGCGGCUCAACCUCACCGAGUCGCUCGCCGGUAUCAGGGCCAACAACCCCGACUUCGUCGACCUCAAGCUCAUCGACGCGCUCAAGGCCGUGGUGAGCAGCCUGGGCAAGCACGACGUGAUGGUGAUCCUGGACAACCACCUGAGCAAGCCCGGGUGGUGCUGCAGCAACACCGACGGCAACGGCUUCUUCGGCGACACCUACUUCGACCCGGACGUCUGGGUCGCCGGCCUCAAGAAGAUGGCCGCCAUGUUCGCCGGCGUGGACAACGUCGUCGGCAUGAGCCUCCGGAACGAGCUCAGGGGGCCCAGGCAGAACGCCAACGACUGGUACAAGUACAUGCAGCUCGGCGCGGAGGCGGUGCACGGGGCGAACCCGCGCGUGCUGGUCAUCCUCUCGGGCCUCAGCUUCGACAACGACCUGGCCUUCAUCAACUCGCGGCCGGUGAACCUGAGCUUCUCCGGGAAGGCGGCGUUCGAGGUGCACUGGUACAGCUUCUCCAACAGCCAGGAGUGGGGCUCGGGCAACGCCAACCAGGCCUGCGCGCGCAUCACCGCCGGCGUCGCCCGCCGCGCGCUCUACCUGCUCGACAAGGGGUGGCCCGUCAUCCUCAGCGAGUUCGGCGUCGACAACCGCGGCGGCAACACCAACGACAACCGCUACUACGGCUGCGCCGCCGCCGCCGCCGCCGACCUCGACAUGGACUGGGCGCUCUGGGCGCUGCAGGGGAGCUACUACCUCCGGGAGGGCGUCCGGGACCUCGACGAGGUCUACGGCGUGCUCGACCGGGCCUGGAGCGGGCCCCGCAACGCCUCCGCGCUGAGCAGGGUCCAGGCCCUGCAGCGCCCGCUCAGGGGCCCCGGCCUGGACCAGGUGCCGCCGUACACGGUGCUCUUCCACCCGGUCACCGGGACGUGCGUGCUGCGCCGCCGGUCGCCGCCGCUGGAGCUGGGACCCUGCAGCGAGACGGAGGCCUGGGCGUACAGCGCGCAGGAGCAGCGGCUGGCGGUGGCGCCGCGAGACGGCUCGUCGCUGUGCCUCCGCGCCGAGGGCGCCGGCAAGCCCGCCAGCCUCGGCGCGAGCUGCGGCGACGCGAUGGCGCGGUGGCGUCUCGUGUCGGACUCCAAGCUGCACGUCGCGACGUCGUCGUCGGCCGCGGUCGACGGCGACGGCGCGCUCUGCCUGGACGUGGGCGCCGACGGCCGGAGCGUGGUGACCAACCCGUGCCGGUGCCUGAGCGCCGACAACAGCUGCGACCCGCAGAGCCAGUGGUUCAAGCUGGUGACCAGCACGAGGAGCGUGGCCGCCGAGCAGACCAUGCUCGCGCAGCUGCCACUCAAGCUCAAGAACUGGAAGAUCAGGUCGUUUUGAUCGAACGAUCGAUCGGUCGUGGGCUUUCAUACGUCUUAGAACGACGGGAAUAGAGGAACACCGCCCUUAAAACCAUAGAGCGGUGUUCUUCAGGCAACUGAUCAUCAGCAUGAGCAAAUAAUCUCUCACAAGAUUCACAAGUUCACGUUGCGAAA